AUGGGGAAGAUUAUCAACUGUGAUUCUUGCAUUUCGGACAUCAUCAAGGACGUAGGCAACAAGGACAUAGGCAACAAGGACAUAGGCAACAAGGACAUAGGCAACAAGGACAUAGGCAACAAGGACAUAGGCAACAAGGACAUAGGCAACAAGGACAUAGGCAACAAGGACAUAGGCAACAAGGACAUAGGCAACAAGGACAUAGGCAACAAGGACAUAGGCAACAAGGACAUAGGCAACAAGGACAUAGGCAACAAGGACAUAGGCAACAAGGACAUAGGCAACAAGGACAUAGGCAACAAGGACAUAGGCAACAAGGACAUAGGCAACAAGGACAUAGGCAACAAGGACAUAGGCAACAAGGACAUAGGCAACAAGGACAUAGGCAACAAGGACAUAGGCAACAAGGACAUAGGCAACAAGGACAUAGGCAACAAGGACAUAGGCAACAAGGACAUAGGCAACAAGGACAUAGGCAACAAGGACAUAGGCAACAAGGACAUAGGCAACAAGGACAUAGGCAACAAGGACAUAGGCAACAAGGACAUAGGCAACAAGGACAUAGGCAACAAGGACAUAGGCAACAAGGACGUAGGCAACAAGGACAUAGGCAACAAGGACAUAGGCAAGGACAUAGGACAUAGGCAACAAGGAAGGCAACAAGGACAUAGGCAAGGCAACAAGGACGUUAGGCAACAAGGACAUAGGCAACAAGGCAACAAGGACAUAGGCAACAAGGACGUAGGCAACAAGGACGUAGGCAACAAGGACGUAGGCAACAAGGACGUUGGCAACAAGGACGUUGGCAACAAGGACGUUGGCAACAAGGACGUUGGCAACAAGGACGUUGGCAACAAGGACGUUGGCAACAAGGACGUUGGCAACAAGGACGUUGGCAACAAGGACGUUGGCAACAAGGACGUAGGCAACAAGGACGUAGGCAACAAGGACGUUGGCAACAAGGACGUUGGCAACAAGGACGUAGGCAACAAGGACGUUGGCAACAAGGACGUUGGCAACAAGGACGUUGGCAACAAGGACGUUGGCAACAAGGACGUUGGCAACAAGGACGUAGGCAACAAGGACGUAGGCAACAAGGACGUAGGCAACAAGGACGUAGGCAACAAGGACGUAGGCAACAAGGACGUAGGCAACAAGGACGGAAUGUCCAGAAGCCAGUAG